CGUUGCUAGUCCGCUCCACGCCGGUUUCUGGCCGGGCUCCGAGCCUCUCUCUCCCGCUCAGGAUUUUCGCGGGCGGCGGCGGGAGCAGUAUGGCUUGCUUGAGUAAACUCCGGGGGGAGGAGGGAGACGGGAGUGGAUGGGGAGGCGGGGUCAGCGGAAGCGGCAGGUUGCUUCCUUCUCCUCACGCUCCCUCCCCGCCUCUCCCUGAGGGAGCGGUGGGAGGGGGAGGGAAGGGCAUAGGGAAGGUAGUGACACGUGUCAAUCAACCCCCCCUCCGGGGGGCGCGCGCUCCGGGGCUCGCGCCGAGGGCUCGCGCCCCUGCCUCGUGCCUGCGCCGCUCGUAUGUAAAUGAGGGCGCGUGACGCGGGACGCAGAUGGACAAGGGAAGAGAGAGAAUGGCCGCUGCUGCCGCCGCUGCUGCCGCCGCCGCCGCCGCUCAGUGCCGGAGCCCUCGGUGCGCGGCGGAGAGGAGAGGAUUCCGGCGGGAACUCGACUCUUGGCGCCACCGCCUCAUGCACUGUGUAGGUUUUGAGAGUAUUUUAGAAGGGCUUUAUGGACCACGGCUACGAAGAGACCUCAGCUUAUUUGAAGACUGUGAACCAGAAGAGCUGACUGACUGGUCUAUGGAUGAAAAAUGUUCAUUUUGUAACCUACAGAGAGAAGCAGUCAGUGAUUGUAUACCAUCUCUUGAUUCUUCACAGUCAACACCAACGGAGGAACUAUCAUCUCAGGGCCAGUCCAACACUGAAAAGAUUGAAUGCCAAGCAGAAAAUUACCUAAAUGCACUCUUUCGAAAGAAAGAUCUUCCUCAGAACUGUGAUCCUAACAUUCCCUUAGUUGCUCAGGAAUUAAUGAAAAAGAUGAUACGUCAGUUUGCAAUUGAGUAUAUUUCAAAAAGUGGUAAAAUUCAAGAAAAUAGAAAUGGUUCAAUUGGACCAAGUCUAAUAUGUAAAAGUAUCCAAAUGAAUCAAGCAGAAAACUCCCUUCAGGAAGAACAGGAAGGCCCCUUAGACCUCACUGUGAAUCGAAUGCAAGAACAAAAUACUCAGCAAGGGGAUGGAGUGUUAGAUCUCUCUACAAAGAAAACCAGCAUAAAAUCUGAAGAGUCAUCCAUAUGUGAUCCUUCUUCUGAAAAUUCAGUGGCUGGUUCAACUGUUGAUGCAAAAUCAGAGGAAGCUACUAAAAUGGAAAAAGGAAAAUCAGCAUUAAGCAAAGUUUUGGAAUCUUUGUGCAUACAUCACCAGCAACAAGUUUUGGCCAUGUUGAAAUUUCUAGUCCAAGAGCAGAAUACUGCUUCUCUUUGCUCUUGUAAUACAUCAUAUACUGUGUCUUCAGAAUCUCAAAAGCCCCUAAUUGAAGAUGAUUUACAUGGUCUAUUCUGUAAUUAUGAAUAUAGGCUGGCAGAAAGAGGGUGUUUACAAAAUGAAAGACAAAGCCCUGGUUUUGUGCCUCUGCCGGUCUGUAUUAAAGAUUUACAUUGUUUAUCUUGCCAAACUGUAACUAUUGAACACAUUAAGACAGUAGUGAAUAGAGGAAUUGCAAACAGUUCUAAUUCUCACAGGUGCUGUUCUGGACUGUUACCAAACAUUCACUCUACAAAAUCAACCUUUCAUGCUCCUCUUUCCUCAAGGGAAGUAUGUGAUGUUUCAGUCAGUCUUAAGGAUUUUUGUAGAUCUCGAAGUCCGUCACCUCCACCAUUAUCACCUGUACAGACUGAAGGAUUUGAAAAAUUGAAAGAUGUCUUCUCAGAGCUUUCAGCCUUAGAAAAUAACAGACUCGAAAUAAACAUUAACCAGCCUCCAUCUCUCAUACCAGCAGAAAUAAACAGUGACAAGGGUGAUCCUGAAGGUAAAAUACAUAAAACUAAAAAAUCCAGUAACUCUGAUUAUUUGCUCCUGGAAGACAGCGAUAAUUGUACUACAAAUGAUGAAAAAGGUGAAACUACUGUAAUUUUUCAAGAUUUAAUGGAUCGUAUUAAUGAAAAACUAAAAUCAAUAGAAACUACAGAUGUGACAAACCUUAUAAAAUUAUCUAGCAGUGAUUGUAAUACAGAUAAUGAUUUAAAAUUGAGAGAUUUAAUAUCCUCACUCUUGCAUAAUGCCAAGGCCAGUGAUUACAGUUUCAUGGAAUUGCUGAGUCAACAUGAUAAAAAGGUAGAAAAUAAAAUUAUUCAGACAAGAUUUCGAAAGCGUCAAGAAACCUUAUUUUCAAUGCACAACUCUCCUGAUUCACCCAUGUUUAGAAGGCAGUCUUUACAAAUAAAAAGAGAACUUGCUAGUCUUGAAAAUUUUGUAAGAAAAAAAUACACUGAAAAAAAUUCAAGGAAGUUGACAUGCAAUGAUGAGAUAUUUUCCACGGACAAAAAAGAAUUCUAUCAUUGCCAAGGGUCUUUACAAAAUUCUGAAAGCUUACAAGAUAAUAAUCAUGCAGAAACAUCAUUUUCACCAGAUUGUGCAUUACAAUCAUUGCAACUACCUCUUCAUAGUUUAGAAACUAACUUGGCUUUUGAUGCAUUUUCAGAAAGCUUUAAAACAACUUCCCCUGGGAAAAUGAGCAUAAGAAAAUCACAGGAGAAAUCUGCAGCUGGAAAAAAACUUUUGCAAAAUCGCAAGGAGAAUCCAAAACUGGAGAAUACUCAAACGCCUUUGAAAAGUGAUAUUCCCGGACUUUUGAGCAGAACUAAACGAAAUAUUGUGCGUCCAGGGUGGUAUUCUAUAUAUGUAACAAAUAAUUAUGUUUUUAAAAAAUCCCCUAAAGCCAAAAAAGUUUCUGAAUCUACAAAAAAAAGAGAUCCAGUGAAAAAUAUUCAAAUUGAAAGCUCACACAAUAUAGAUCUAAACAAAAUUGCAAUGAAUUCUAAUUUACAAGUUGUUGUGGAGCGUUUGGAAGACACAAUAAAUAUGGCCAAAAAGUCUUUGAAUAAUCACUCAUUAUCUGAAGGAUGCAAGGCAUCCAAGAAAUUGAUAGAAAUUAAUGGUAAAGAUCAAACUGCAGAUAGAAAUAUGACUCUUGCUUUAAGCAGAACGACAUGCAAAGAACAGAGUUUAUCAAAAUCUGUGGUAGCAGCCAGCAAUAUCAAAAGCAGUCAUAUUCCUACAAUAGAUAUGAAUAGCAAAAGACUUGAUAAUCUGGAAAAGUUACCUAUUUUAGAUACAAGUAGCUUGAUUUCCAAUGUUCAAAGUGUGCCAACAAAAUAUGAAGCCAUUGAAAGCUCUUCUUUUUCCAGCUAUUCUAGCCCUAUCAAACUCAUGUUUUUAUCUGAAGUUAAAAGCAGUGAAGGAGUCAAAUAUACUUUAACUUCAGUUGGUACUUCCAGAUCAAAUAUUGAUCUUCCUUCUGAAAAAUGUCCAACUCAUCAUGUAAUUGAAAAAAAAACAGAAACAAAUAAGGAUGUCCCAAAUGCUAACUUUGAAAAUUAUAGUUCUAAUCUUAAUGAUAGUGACACUCUACAGGGAGAACUAAACAAAUUUAAUUGUGCAAAAGAAACUACAGAAUCCCCUGCAAUGUUUAUAGAUGAUAUGAAUAGUGAUAAGCCACAAGAUGAACCUAAGGAAAAUACAAGCAGUGGUAUUGAUUCAUCUUUUAAACGAAAACCAGGUAGACCUAAAAAAAUAGGUCCCCAGGUUGUGAAACAAAUUAAGCGGCCAAUUGGAAGACCACCAAAACCUAAAAUUGAUCAAACAGACAUCACCAUUUGCCAAAAUGAGUCUUCUAGUGCUGGAAAGAAAAGUCCAGAAUCUCUCCUAUCAGAAGUAGAAGAAGGUAUUUAUAAAAAGAGUAUUACCGUAACUGUUAUUUAUGGAAGGUCAAGAAGAACUAGAAGGCAUGUUUCUGAAGGAACUGUAAACAUAAGCAAUAUUAUGUCUUUCAGCAAUAAUGUUGCUGAUUUUCCAACUGAAUGUAACAGUCUCAGAAAUAUUAGAGAAUUCAAAAUUGACUCAGGUGAAAGAAGUGCUGUUUCAAGUUUGACUACUGAAAGUGAGCUCUUGGGGUCUGGCUUUGAAUAUGUUAGGCCUAUCAAGAACAAGUCUGUGAUACCUCAGCCUUCCAAGAACAGUAUUCGACCAAAUCAGAAGCCUUUUGCAAGAAUUAGGAAGCCUGGUAGACCUGCAAAAGUGAAAAUCUCUGGCAUAUCUGUGACUAUUAAUAGAGUUUCACCUCAGGAGAGAGAAGUAAGUAUUAGCAGCUGCUUACCUCCUUUAGAACAAGAAAAUAUAUUAGAAAAAAAUCUGGCUGAAGAAAAGUAUGAUCACCGAUGCAGUAAGACGGAUACAAGGCACACUGAAGCUGACAUAUUUAAGAAUGGAUCAAAAAGUAUGGUUGCAACUAUACCUUUGAGACAUUCUAUUAGGGAUAGAAAACCAUCUCUCCAUUUCUUACAUCCAUUAGCAUCGUCUAGCUCACUUAUUUAUAGAAAUGCUCUGUUCCGUAAAUCAUAUAAACUCCAUUUGCAGAAAGGUAAAAGUCAGAAGGAAAAACAUAGGCAGUCAAGGAUAAAAAUAGCUUCGAAAGGUACCCCAGCAACUAGAAAUUCAAGGAAUGCAAAAAUGUGUUUGGAAGAUAACAAAUUAAUACCCAUUUCUGAAGUAUCCUUGGACCCUAUAAUUUCAUCAAAUCCUUUGCUCAGGUGGUGGGCUGCUUCUACUUCAAACGAUUCCUUAUUAGAGGAAUUAAACAAUAGAUUUGAGCAAAUAACAAAUGCUUGGGUGCAUGUGAGUGGAGAUGAAGCUGGAAACUGUGUUCACAAAAAAAGAGAACGCAUUGAAAAUGAUAAUUUCAAAAUAGCAAACCCUUUGGAAACCUGUCUUUUAGAACUUGAAGUUUCACCUGUAAAAAUGCUUUUUCGGAAAAAGUAUGAUUUGAAUGAACUCUGUAUCUGGUUUAUGCAAACAACAGAAACACAGUCUCUUUCACUAGUUAGAAAAGCAAAUGCUCGAAACCCUUUGGAAGUAAUAAAUACCAGAGGAAUUAAAUUAGGGACCAAAUAUUCUAAUUUUAAUACCAGCCCCUUCAGAAAGCACUUUAAAAAAUUUGCACUAUCUUCUCCUUCAAAAUCAGCAGGGAAGUUGCAUAUACUGCAUAAAAUGGUUAGCUCUCCGCUGUUAAAUGUGAAAAGUAAUUUAACAUUAGCUAGAUUAAAAAGAACUGAGUUUAAGAGGUUGCAACAUGCAAAAUGGAAAAGAGAGGGAAAGCUGCACAACCAUGGAACAAUUGAUUGGAUCUCUAAAAGGAGGGACUUAAGAUUUUUCUGCCAGAACCAAUUUUUAAAUAAGGCUGAGGGGGGAACAAAGGCUGACAUCCCACUCCAAGGAAAAAACACAAUAGAUAAUCAGUUUAUUUUGCCACCUGAGAUCAGGGAUGACUCUUUGCAACAGAAGGUGGUGAUGUCUGACUUGAAAACACAUGCUAGUUUAGAGAAUAAUUUUAAGUCAGAAGCAAAGGAGAAUGGAACAAAUUGCAGCCAAAAAGAUUUUGAAAAGGGACCAAGACUAGGAAAUGUAUGUCCAAAUAAUUGGAGGUCAAAAACCUUAAAAGAUUGUAGAAUAUUUUUGAGGAAGAUCAACUAUCUUGAACACAGAAAUACUUUUAAGCUAAAUACAAUCAUUUACUCUCCUGAAUCUAUUGACGGUGGAAGUAAUCAUCAGACUCAUAGAGAAGAAUCAAAGCGCUUUACCUUAAGGUCCCAUUCUGCUAGGCAAAAUUCUUUUAAAAAGCAAUCUAAAGAAAUAGAAAAUGCUAAAACAAAUAGUCCUUCAACCAAUAAAUUUCCUGGCCAACUUGACAACAGUAAAUUAAAUAAAUGUGUUAACUAUGACAAGAAUCCUGAUAGUUCUGACGUUCUUAGCAAAUUGAACAAAAGAAAAAGACCACCAUGGAAGACCACAGAAAUGUCAACAAAAAGACAUAAACGACAGUCUUGCAACAGUGGACAAAUGGCAAACUAUUAUUCAAAAUCCCAACUAGCAUGCUACAAAUGAAAACCGAUGAGAAAUUGAAUUUGUCUGAUGGGAAUACAGCAAGUUGCCCUUUGAGCCCCAUUAAGAUGUGCCUUAAUCGUCCCAGU